AUGGGGCAGAGAAUCACAAGGGUAACGCUCGAGGAGAUCCUGUCUGGAGAGGACUGGAAUUCAAUCAUGUACGAUGGGACCAUGGUGUGGGGCCCAUCCUUUCCUGGCAUGCUGGUCUGCAUCUACUUUAUCAUCCUCUUUGUUUGUGGGAACUAUAUCCUCCUCAAUGUCUUCCUGGCCAUUGCAGUUGAUAACCUGGCUGAGGCCGAGAGCCUGACCUUAGCCCAGAAGGCCAAAGCAGAGGAACGCAAGCGGCGGAAGAUGUCCAGAGGUUACCCAGAGAAAUCUGAAGAUGGCAAGCAGAUGCUGGCAAAGAAGCUUGAGCAGAAAAUGAAGGGAGAAGGGAUUCCCACAACAGCCAAGGUCAGUGCUGUGGACGAAUUUGAAUCCCAUGUCAAUGAGAUCAAAGACCCCUACCCUUCUGCAGACUUCCCAGGUGAUGAUGAGGAAGAUGAGCCUGAAAUCCCCCUGAGUCCUCGGCCACAUCCACUCGCAGAACUACAGCUGAAAGAGAAGGCCGUGCCCAUGCCUGAAGCCAGCUCCUUCUUCAUCUUCAGCCCAACCAAUAAGUUUCGGAUGCUGUGCCACAGAAUUGUCAAUGCCACCUGGUUCACCAACUUCAUUCUGCUCUUCAUUCUGCUCAGCAGCAUCUCGCUGGCAGCUGAGGAUCCCAUCCGGGCCGAGUCCUUCCGCAACCAGAUUCUUGGAUACUUUGACAUUGGUUUCACUGUCUUCACAGUUGAAAUAAUCUUGAAGAUGACAGCCUAUGGUGCUUUCCUGCACAAAGGCUCCUUCUGCAGGAACUCUUUCAAUAUCCUUGAUUUACUGGUGGUCGCUGUCUCCCUCAUCUCCAUGGGAAUCGAGUCCAGUGCCAUCUCAGUGGUGAAGAUUCUCCGGGUGCUGAGGGUACUGAGGCCUCUGCGAGCCAUUAACAGGGCAAAGGGGCUGAAGCACGUGGUCCAGUGCGUGUUCGUGGCCAUCAAGACUAUCGGUAACGUUGUGGUCAUCACAACGUUGCUGCAGUUCAUGUUUGCCUGCAUCGGGGUCCAGCUCUUCAAGGGCAAGUUCUAUAGAUGCACAGAUCCAUCCAAGGUGACGGAGAAGGAGUGCAGGGGUUAUUUCGUCAACUACGUGGACGGGGACCCCACACGGAUUGAGCUAGAGAAGCGUGUCUGGUUGCACAGCAACUUCCACUUCGACAGCGUCUUCUCAGCCAUGAUGUCGCUUUUCACUGUCUCCACCUUCGAGGGCUGGCCAGAGAACCUAUGCGUGGAGGUGGAGCUGGUGACGGUCCCUUCCACCUCGGCUCCCUGCUCUGCCACGCAAGGGCCUGCCAAGUGGCGCAGCAAGGCCACAGGAAUUGCAAGGGCGGUCCUCAGCCUGGCUUGGCAUCUGGCAGGUGCCCUUGUCUCCCUGUGGAGACAUCUGCUGAGCACACGCAUCUUUGCCAGGCAAAAGAUGGCCCCGCGGAGCAAGAGGUUGCUGAAAGUCUUCUUCCUGUGGCUCCCAGUGGCUCUGGCUGGUGCUUACUGCGCGACCUCGCUGCCGGUGUGGACAACGCAGGCAAAGGGACUGAUAGAGGAGCUGACACGCGUGUCGUCGGCAAACCUGAAGAUGCUUUGGAACUUGCCCGUUUUGGUGGUGGAGGAGACCCAAAAGACACGCUUUCUGCUGGAGGAGGUGGCUCAGCUGAGGGCACAGAUCCGCAGUUUGAAGGAAGCUCAGGAAGUGAACCAGGCAGCGUCCAAGAAGGCUUUGGGUGCCUACGUCGAGAUGUCUGACUGGGCCCUGGAAAGCUCUGGUGCCACCAUUGACACGCAGAGAACUUCCGAGACCUACGACUGCCAAGAGAAUUGGAGCUGCUGGGCUUUACGGUUCUUCCGCGCUGCCAAGCCUCCUGAGACUAUUUUGCAGGCGGAUGUUUCCCCAGGAAACUGCUGGCCUUUCCAAGGGCAUCAGGGCCAGGUGGUCAUCAGGUUGCCAGCACGAGUCCAUCUGACUGCCAUCACUGUGCAGCACAUCUCCAAAGACGUGUCUCCAUCUGGGACCGUCCUCAGCGCCCCCAGAGACGUCGCUGUCUUUGGAGUGGAUGCGGACGGAGAAGAGGAAACUCUCCUUGGGACGUUCACGUACAACGUGGCGAAAGAGGCCAUUCAGACCUUCCCUCUGAAGAACGCGCCGCUUCCCAGAGCCUUUCCGUCUGUCAAACUUCUUGUGGAGAGCAACUGGGGAAACCCAGCGUACACCUGCGUUUAUCGAGUGCAGGUUCAUGGGAAGAUGGCGCAACCAGAGAGCCCCAGGUGAAACCAGAGAGGAAAAAAAGUCCAACGUGAGAAAGAAGAAGAAGGGGAGGAAGAACAAAUAAAUCUAGAAGAUGUGGCAAUUGAGAUGGCUGUAGAACUGUAGAAGAUUUGUCUCCAAAGCGGGGUGCUCAAGACGUUCCACACUGCGGGAGGGGAAUUCGGGAGCGUGUGGAAAAUGUUAGAGCUUGUAUGCAAUUUUUUUCUUAAAAACGAGGAAGAUGGGAAGCAUUGCCAAGACUGAACCUAGAGAGGGGAGGCCCAGCCUGUCAGCGCUCCUCCCGCCGCCCCCGGAGGCUCCGCAAGCGGCCCCAGCCCAGGGCAGGCCGAAGGGCCCGGCUUCAAUUCACAAGAGGGAGGCUGGCCCCGCCCGCCGGCCCGCGCGGGCUCUGCAGGAGCUCCCCCAGGCGCCCGCCCACCCUCUUCCCGGCUUCUCAGCCAAUGGCGCCCGCCAGGCGGGGACAGGCAGGGCCCCCCGCCAACCACCGCAGCGCCCCUUCUCUGGCCCCGCCCCGCUGCGGCCGCGUGCCAGCGGACGAGCACGUUGCUACGGGCGCGCCCGGAGCGCCAGCCAGGGCCGCGGGUUCGAGUCCCGCCGCUGGGUUCGAGGCCCGGCGAGGUCAAGGAAUGAGGCGCUUGCUGGCGUGAAUGCCUCACGUACCAGCCACAGGGCUGCCCGCGCAGGAGGGGAAAGGUGGUUUAAUGGGAAAUUGUAGUGGUAAUUGGGUUUGAAGUACGGGUGCUUGUCAUAGCUCUUUUGGUCAGUUACUAAGAGAAAAAGAAUUUUGCCAAGGAUGUUUUCUUGUUGGGGGGGUCCGAGUCCCCUGCCCGGUUUGGAAAGGGCUUCGAGUCCCCGAAGUUGACCAGGCGGGUUAGAGUCCCACUGAAUGGGGUUUGAGUCCCCAGUUUGGCCACUUGUCUUGACUGGUCUCUGAAUUUUGGCGUGGUUGUCAGAAUAUGGAUUUAUUUUUGCAUGUUCGGAUCAGAUAGUUGUUUUGGAAGUCACAUUUAAUAUGGGUGGGGAAUCGUCUAAAGGCACCGUCUUAAAGAAGUCACCUCUAGGGCGUUGACUGAGGCAUUGGAAGGGGGCUGGGGGUGGGUUCGAUCCCCUCACAAGGAAGCAGUUAACUGAGCAUUGUAAUCAUUGGUCGCCGAUCUAUACUUUGAAAAAUAAUACUAUAAUACUACUAUAUUAAAAUAAUAUGUAUUAUAAUGCAAUAAUACCAUAGUGCGGUUGAUGAUGUUUUGCAAAAGAGAAGGAAAAUGGGAUGAGAUCCCAUACGUGGGUUGGUUUUUCACGUUGCAGAGCAGUGGUUGGAAAAGGGGAAAAGAUCGCGGAUCGAUUACUAAGGAUGCAAAUGUUUUGGCCUUAGAACAAUGUUGGGACAAACCACCCACCCGCAUGAUGUUGUUCUGCAUGUAGUAUUGGUAAAAGGAGGUGUAAAAUACAAGGAGCUGGUGGAAGAGGAAGAUGAUGUAGGAUGACUAGUGUCUCCGGCACAGGGAAGUCUACAGGGAGGUAACGAUCAGUGUGGAAACAGGGAAGUUGGACAAGUGGAUAUGGGGGUGUAAAUGGUGGUGCUGAAUCACAGAAUCACUAAGGUUGGAAAAGACCUCUAGGAUCAUCAAGUCCAAGCCCCGACCCAACACCACCAUGUCUCCUAAACCAUGCCCUGAAGGGCCACAUCUGCACGUCUUUUAAACACCUCCAGGGAUGGUGACUCCACCACCUCUCUGAGCAGCCUGUUCCAAUGCCUGACCGCUCUUGCAGUAAAGAAGCAGUUCCUAAUCUCCGAUCUAAACCUCCCCCGAUGCAGCGUGAAGCCAUCUCCCCUCGUUCUAUCGCUAGUAAUAGAAAGUGAAGGGGGGCCGGAACGUCAGUGCUGUAGCAGGAAGAACUAGGAGACGGGGGGCAGUGCUACAAGCACCCUUAAGGCAGGCCGUGGGUCCGCCAGGAGGGUGGGUGCGGGUUCAAGUACCCUUCUCAGUAGCAGGCUUAUGGGCUUGGAAGGAGAUGGCUCGAAUGUAUGGGGAAGACGCGGCAAAGGUGGCGAAGGUAUUGGAAACUGUUGUGGAGAAUCAUGACCCGGAGUGGAAGGAGAUACAGGUGGUCUUGAAUAUGUUGUUGAGAGAUGAGGAGCAGAGGCUGUUGCGGUUGAGGCUGGGGAAGAAGCAGAGAGGGUUCACGCUCAGGAUGCACAGGCAGGAAGGCUGGAGGGUCAUUCUUGCCACCACCGACCUGAAUCGGCACCUGAGCAGUCAGGCACAAAGGUUAUUGUGAACUGAAUAGCAGAGGUUGAUAUUGUGAGGGGCCUCUAGGCAAGAAUGCACUCAAGGACGUAAUCUCUGCGAGCGUGACGGGGAUGCAAACGACCUAGCAGCUGGCGCCAGUCGAAACCAAGGCAGAAGGAACUAUGGACGUCUCCAUCUAGAUAAGAGUCACAACACCCGGUGAAACCGACACACCUUGCCACACGCUGUGACAAGAUUACUUGAUGGGCCACCUCAUGACCAUAUGUGGAAGAAGGACUCAGAGUUCAUGGAAAGGACAGAAAAAACACCCUUCAGCAAAGCACUAGGGACCACCCGAUACCUCUUGGGGGGCUUCUGAGGGGCUUAAAACGCACGGGUAAUUAGGAAGCAAGUGUUAGAAUUAGUUCCAGGAAAGCUAAUGCAUAUGUAUAUAACCGAGCAAGCUAAGCUUUGUCUAUCCCGCCUUGCGGUAUGCACGCUAGGAGGAAUUAUCCCCUGUGCGUCUGGCACCGUAAUAAAGAAUGCCCGCUUCGUAAUACUA